CACAGACGUUAAGUAAAUUCUCCAAAGUCACUCAGCUAGUAAGUGGAGGAACCUGGACCCAAAGCCAAGGUCUAAGGACUUAAUGGUAUUUGAAGUUGCCUCUCAUGUAACUACUCAAUGUAGGCCAGUUGCCUUAAAAGUGUUGAAGUAUGAGUGCUCUGUACUGGGGAAAGCAGUGUCGCUUCCAGAUGGGGUAACAUAGCACCUUUGCUUUGUGGAGAUGGUACUUGAAUUAAGCCAUGAAAUUGACUAGGUUUUCCCAGGUGGAGAGAUGGCAGGAUAUUUGGGCAGAGAGCAUAACAGGAGUAAGAGGUUCAGAGUGCAAGAUUGGUGUUGAUUUGUGAAUGGGCCACAGAGGUAAAAAUUGAGUGGUGGACUCAAUGCUUGCUGCUUCUGGUUUAGCUAUAGCCAAGUUUUUGCAGCAUUAUAAUUUUCCAGGAGAGGAUUGUCUGGUUGUAAGGGUCUCCAGCAGUGGUUGGCAAACUUUGUCUAUAAAAGGCCAGAUAGUCAAUAUUUUAGGUCUAGAGCUAGGGGACAGGUGGUAAGAGGGGACCUCCUGAAAGGUGUGUAGGCUUCUGACUCUAUGUUGUAAGGACCUUGUAGACCUUAAUAGGAGUUUGGAUUUUAUAUUUUUGUUAUAGAAGGGAUUGCAUGUGAUUCAAAUAAUGAAGAGUAUGUAAGGCAUAUAAUGUGGUGCAGUCUGGCUCCAUUCUUACUAGCUAUGAUGCUUAGGUAAAUUAUUUAAACUUUCUUUGCCUCAGAUUUCCUUUAAGGAAAAUGGGAAUAAUUAUAAAGCCUGCCCUGUAGGGUUGUCAGGAAUAGUAAAUGACUUAACACAUUUAGUGCUUAGAACAUUGCCUGGCAGGGUAAACAGUAAAAUAUAUUUUAGAUACUAUUAUCUGCACUUUGUGUUAUAUUCCAGAUUUUCUAUAGUGAAACUAUAUUUAAUGAAAAAUGGUGUAUAUGAAUCUAUAAAACAAAAUUGUUAGAAAUACAGUGAGUAUAAAAUACUAUUCGGGUUGGGAAACUUGAAUUUGCUAUUCUCAUUCUGUGAGAUUUCAAGCGGAGGUAAGAGAUUGUUCUGCAGUGUAAGAACAAAACUUCACAAGUGACUUGAAUACCCAUUAAUAGGGACUUGUUAAAUGAAUUGCUGCUACCUGCAUGGUGGGAAACUAAGUUGUUAAAGUGACUGUGGCAUAUCUAAAAGUAUUGGUUUAGAAAUUCUUUUUCCACUAUUGAUUGCUUUUGCCUGUUUUUUAGCUUUAGAUCAAUUGACUCGUAUACUAUAUUCUCUUUAGUAUCUGGCUUUUACUCUGUUAUGGUUGUGUGAUUUGUCUUGUUUGUGUGUAGCAGUAGUUAAUUUAUUCUCAUUGCUGUGUAGUCUUCCUAUGUCCAGAACACCACUGUUUAAUUGUUCAUAGCUUGUAUUAGUCUCAUAUCAGGAAAAAAUACACAUAGUCUAAAACUAAAACUUGAUUGAAGUUAUAGCUCAAAUUGGAUGUAUUUUAUAACUUGAAUUUUUCCACAGUAUUAACCUGCAUUUAUCUUGAAUUAACUUAAGAGUUAAUUCUCCGUUCAUCCUGGCUGUGUCGUUACUACCCUGGCUCAGGGUGGAUGGAGGGAAUUUGGACUCUUCAUCAAUGCACCUGUUUCAGUACCAUGAUGCCAGCCAUGGUUCAAAUCCCUACUACAAGAUAUAAUAUGAUGGUAUUGUACUCCAUGUCUUUUCUAGUUGUAAAGUUAAAUGAUCCAGAACCGUAACUGAGCCUACAUAAUUCUAGAGGCUUUUUAGCUUAUAUUUUAUAUACAUUUAUUUAGGUUUGAUAUAAAAUUUAACUAUGGAAACAAUCAUAUUCUUAGAGCUGAAAUGGCCUUAGGCAUAAUCUCAGCCACUUUUCACCUGGCAGAUGAGGAGGCAGUGUCUUGAGUGGUCUGCCCAGUCUACACUUUGGUUAGGGCCCAAGCUGGAACAGACUCCUUACUCAUAUUUGGAGGCCUGAUGGGCUUCCUUUACAAAAGCAGUUAGGAGUCAUGUCCUCUUGUUUUCAGUAUUUAUUCUGUAGCCUUUAAAUUGUGGAGCAUUCACUUUACAAUUUGGAAGUGUGUUUGAUCUUGAUUCUUGUUCCUAUGCAGACCAAUAUAGCCCUUUAGGUUUAAAAGGUCUAUUCUAAAUCAUGAACGGAGAAUUUCUAAAAUUCAGCCAGUACUCCAAUUCAGUUUGAGUUGGCAUUGUGAGAACGUAGCCAUACUAAGUUUAUUAAGAUAAUGUAUAAAGUAACUUUUUUUAUGCAUUGUUUUUCAGGAGUAGAAGGUUUACCAGUUAUAGGUGACCAAGCAGUUUCACAAAUAAAGCCUCCAGCGAGUUUAAAAAUAAUUAGUCCCAACUCAGAGAAGUGGAGUUGUUCCUGUUUCACAAAGAUGUCGAGCUGCUCCAGUGAAGUCGAUGUGAUAAAAACUCGCAUACGUUCUGGUGAUGAUGAGAAUGGGAUUCUUUAUGCAUAUGAAUCAAAUCCUGCAUAUGUAAACCAGCAAAGUGUUCAGUCUGACACAUCCUCCGAAGAGCAACAAAAAGUGAUUAUGGAUGUCCUGAGUCGUUGCCAGGUCAUCCAGGAUACUGUUGAAAACCUGGAUAAGAAAUUUGAUGUCAUGAAUGGGAAGGUUUCAAAAAUUUACCGUUUCCGUGCAAAAUUAAUCUGGCAAAAUCGUAGGCCACUUGGAUAUGCAUACAAACAUUAUAAUCACCUGAUUUCUAGAAGGAUAAAAUUGCCGAAAACGAAGAAGGAUGUGCCUGAUGAGCCUGCUGUGCCUGCUGUGCCUGCUGAGCCUGCUGUGCCUAAUGAGCCUGCUGUGCCUGAUGAGCCUGAUAAUAUGUCUGAAAAGCUUUUUCCCGCUUCAUUGUCUCGUAGUCACAGUUAUAGCCCAACUGUACCAGUUAGAAGACCAACAGAUUACCAGGAUAGCCCUAUGGGAACACUCUAUCAGUCACAGGAUUCCCUUACUCAGGAUCACCGUUCAUUCUAUGAGGGCCGAGGCAUACGCCUUAGCCAGAGUCCAACAUUUCCUGGCUACUCUUCAUAUCCGUCAGGUUAUGCACCCAUUGAUCUAGUGCAGGGCUCUACAUCAGUACCUGCAGACAUGCUGGGCCAAGGCAGAUCCAGUCCAGCACACAACCAUGAUAUGACUUACCCAACCUUGCUGCAAAAUGAGAACCUCGGCCAUACUGCCUCAUCUCUCUGCAUGCCAGCUGGCUUCGCUACAAGUUCAUCAGUUGGAAAUGACCAAGGUGUACUGCAAUACCCUUACUAUGCAGACCCUGCAGAUUGGUCUGUAGAGGAAGUGAUCCUGUUUCUGAAAGAAGUAGAUCCUCAUACACUCCUCCCCCUGGCUGACCUCUUCAGGGAACAUGAAAUUGAUGGGAAAGCUAUGCUGUUACUCCACAGUGAUGUUAUGAUGAAGUAUAUGGGGCUGAAGCUCGGGACAGCUCUGAAGUUGUGCCACUACAUUGAAAAGCUUAAAGAAGAAAAAUGCAUCAUUGACAUUUGAGAAAAUGUCUGUGUAGAUUUAGAUUGGACUUAAUUCUGGGGAGAGCAAUGCUAUCUUGCUGUAAAAUCAUUUUACUGCCCUUAGAAAUGUUUGUGUUGUAGAAGGUUCCUCUAAAAGCUUCUUAUAUCCAGAAUCACAGAGCUACGUUAUAGUCCAGUCUACUGCUUUAGAAACCAUUUAAUGUGUUGUUAUUAGCAUAUUCAAAUGGACAGUUUCUGCUUAAUCUUUAUUGUUGUCAUUUUGUCAUUUUUACUUCAUAUAAGAAACAGAGAAAUACCUUUGACUUUGGUUGACGUUUAUGUAUAGAACAAAAACAGCUAAA